GUCAAAUGUCUUGCUAGAUCACAACAAUACCAUCCUUCAGCUAAAAUAAUCCAUAAACACGGAUUGUUCUACACAAAUUGCGUUUACCUACCGGUUCCUGUUUAUUAUACGAGUAAAACGCUUUUCAGAUGGCUUUGGUGCGAUCAUUGCAAAUCUUGCUGCCUAAGCUACCGACAGUUCCAUUCUUCAGCGGCAAUCUAGCAAAUAGCCUCUCGGAAGUAACGGCCGGUGGUGCCUGGGGCUUCCUUUCCACACGGACAGUCAUCCGCAACCAAUUUCCACGUGCACGAGAAACCAAACGCGUCCGUGUGCACGGUUGGUUGAAAAGGAUGUCUACUCUGUCCGGUCGCCGAGUGUUGAUGAGAAAAAUAUUGAAAGGAAGGCACGUGCUAUCGCAUUAAGCUUGAGCAUUUGGUUUUUAGUUGAAUAGUUUAAACUGAAGGAAACC